AUAAUUGAUUUUGAUGGCCAAACCUUCCAAAAUAUGAAAAUACAAGAAGUAUAAUCCGUCUAAUCAUAGUACAACUGUUUCAUCUUUAUGUACAAGCACUUUUCCCCUUCCCAGAGGCAUAUACUUUUCAUCAACAACAAUGGGUUUCAAUCCAAGAAUCCAACUGUGUAUUUUCCUACUGUGCCUAUCUUUCAAUCUAUACACUUGUACCAACACAACAGUAUACCAAAUCCUCACAAAAUACAAUCUUCCACAAGGGCUUUUACCAAACUCAGUAAAAUCAUACUCCCUUUCCAAAGAUGGCACUUUUGAAGUUGUUCUUGAAAAGCCUUGUUAUGUUCAGUUUGAAUAUUUAGUUUAUUAUGCUGAGAAGAUUAGUGGGAAGUUAAGUAUUGGGUCGAUUACUGACUUAGAUGGAAUUCAAGUUAAGAGAUUCUUUCUUUGGUUAAAUGUGAAUGAGAUUAGAGUGGAUUUACCAUCAUCCGGUAGUAUUUACUUUCAAGUUGGGAUUAUUAGUAAGAAGCUUGACGUGAAACAGUUUGAAACUGUUCAUGCUUGUCGGGAUAAUGCUUUGGCAUUGUGUGGAACAUCUCUUAGACAGCUUCCGGCUCCUGUCGAUAAUAUGGAAAUGCUUGUCACCGUGUAGCCUGGGACUUACUACACCUCUCAAGCCAAAAGUUGCAGCAGCUGGAGAUAUCAUCUACUUCACUUAUUCACCUCUUUUAAAGUCGGGUCAGUAGAUGUAUGAUAAAGUAGAUUAAGAUUCCACGAAUAUAUCAUGUAGAACGAAUUUAAUAAUUAGUAUGUAGUUUUGAUGUAUCCUUCUCUUCCUCACCUUCUGCCCCUCCUCCUGUCUUGUUCCCACAAAUUCUGGGACAAGA